UUAGGUUGGCUUACAUUGCUUACGACUAGGUAGCUCACUGUUUAUUACAAAAUUAUUGAAGUAGCUCAACAAACUAAAAAGGUUAGCGACCACUGCUCUAUAUUUUUAGCUUGUCUGUCAAUAUUGGGAUCGUCAGAAUUUCGAAAACAUAAAAUCGAUAUUCGGGGUUUGUUUUUUGAUAACUCCACUGCUCUUGUACCGAUUUUUGAAAAUAUACUGGUCCUCAAAGUUGGGACCGUACACGGCGUAUACGAGCCCCUUCCCACUUCAGUUGGCCCACUUCAAGAUUUGUACCAAAAUAUGCCUUUAUAAACUAAACAUGAAACUAUUUACUUCUAAAACAAUUUAUUUUCUCAAAAACAUUUUAGAUACACUCUGGUCGUAAAAAAUACAUGUCUGAAUUCACUUAGACCUAUAACUAAUAUAACAUCUGAAGAAAUAAACAAUGUGCAAAUAAAUAAAGUUAACAAAGCAACAAUUGAAAGAUUACCAUUGGGUAACAUCACCUUUAUUUUUUAUUACGGCUGAAAUUCUUUGGGGCAUAGUGUUAACCAAGCUUUGGCAAAAAUUUGGUGUAAAACAAUCCCAUAUUUCUUGAAGCUUUUGUGAUUGUACGAGCAGGAUGUUGUCGUAGAACCUUUUUCAUCUCGUGCCACAAAGUUUCAAUAGGUGACAGAUCUGGACUGCUAGAAACCCAUUUCAAAAGUGGUACAUGAUUUUCU